AUGCCGAGGAGAAGACGACCUGACGUAGUCGAAGUCAAUCAAAUGUGCGAAGAGCUACCUCACGUGCUAACCGCACUGAUGACCAGAGUGAGAGAGACAGGUCAAGAAAAUAGUCGUAUUGCUAUGUCAGAUUUGAGUUAUUUAGUGAGUUAUAAUAAAGUAGAUAUGCUUAGAAUGCAACGAGUUUGUGCACAUCAAACACAACAACAGCAAGCACGACAUAACAAAAUUGAGCGAGUCCGCAGACCGAGUGCUUCUGUGAUUCUUGAACAAGCUGCAUUCCACUAUGAUCCGGCAAUAGAUUAUUGUGCCGACAAAUCGGUAACAAUUGGUGAAAUGAAAAUAAUCUUUAAAUAUUGUAAGACGUUAAAAUACACCCAUGAAUCUACUGGAUUAUGUUGUGCUGUAGGCAAAGUAAAAUUGCCACAAUUGGUCCCACCACCAGAUCCUUUACGAUCAUUAGUUUCUGGGAUUGGAAACGAUUCUAAACACUUCUUGGUCAACAUUCAUUAA